AUGGGCGCCCCCGCAACCAAAUACUCGGUCAUUCUGCCGACCUACAAUGAGCGCAAGAACCUCCCUAUCAUCGUCUGGCUGCUGGAGCGGACCUUUCGCGAGAAUAAACUAAACUGGGAAAUCAUCAUCGUCGACGACGGCAGCCCGGACGGCACGCUCGAAGUCGCGAAGCAACUCCAAGCCCACUACGGCGACAACCACAUCCUGCUGAAGCCGCGGGCCGGCAAACUCGGCCUGGGCACGGCCUACAUCCACGGGCUGCAAUUCGUGACAGGCAACUACGUGAUCAUCAUGGACGCGGAUUUCUCGCACCACCCGAAGUUCAUUCCGGAGAUGAUCCGCAUCCAGAAGGAGACGGACUCGGACAUCGUCACGGGCACGCGCUACGCCAGCCGCGGCGACAUCAAGGGCGGCGUGUACGGGUGGGAUCUGUUCCGGAAGUUCACGUCGCGGACCGCCAACCUCAUUGCCGAUGUCAUGCUCAUGCCCGGCGUCAGUGAUCUCACCGGCAGCUUCCGGUUGUAUAAGAAGAGCGUCCUCGAGAAGGUCAUUCAUAGCACCCAGAGCAAGGGGUAUAGUUUCCAGAUGGAGAUGAUGGUCCGGGCCAAGGCUAUGGGUUUUAGGGUCGCGGAGUGUCCGAUCACGUUCGUUGAUCGGUUGUAUGGCGAGAGUAAGCUGGGAGGGCAUGAGAUUGUCGAGUAUUUGAAGGGUGUGGUGACUUUGUGGUUGAAGGUUUAA